UGACCGGCUAUUUCCGGUGAACAGUCUAGCCACACACACAACCUUCCAUAGUUUCACGACCAACAGUCACUGUCCCUUCCGUACAGGAUCCAUGUUUUUUCUUCUUUCUUAAAUGCACCAUAACUUCCCCCACUCACUCGGAUCUCCCAUAGUGAGAGAGAGAGAAGAUAGCUCUUCUUUAUUAUGGAUUACAGAUAAAGACAGCUAAUCUCAGUGAACACCAAUCUCAGAGUAGAGACUUCACUCUUAGUAGAUUAAAGAAACAGAGGAAGACAAGUCUUUCUCUCCUUUUGCUGUUCUGUUUCUUGUAGAGCUAGCUUGAUGAUGAAGGCAAGAACAAUCAACAAUGUCCAGUCCAAGCGAUCCACCAAGAGUGGAAGGAAAGAUCAGAAGCUGCAGAAGACUAAUAGCCAGAAAAAAUCGUCAGAACAAGAGAAACACAAGGACGUAGUAGAGUCUAACAAUCUUUCAACAGUAGCUAGUGACUCAACCACACAAUCAGAUCCAUCCGAGGCUUACGAGACGGUAGAUGUCCGUUACUUGGAUGAUGUAACUGCAAGAAAAGAGAAAGAUGAUGCUGAUGCUGACGAUGAUGAACAAGAAGUUAAAGGUGUCAGUGCUGCAGAUGUCUGGGAAGAUGCUUCUAACGGCGCUCUUAGUGCUGGAAGCGAGAACGAGUCCCCUGAUGUGACAGAGAACAGUGGUGAGCACUUUGAGGAUGGUUCUUUGAAAGAGAAGAUCGAGCAUCUCGAGACGAGGAUCGAGAGACUUGAAGAGGAGCUUAGAGAAGUCGCUGCACUCGAGGUUUCUCUUUACUCCGUUGUCCCUGACCAUUCCAGUUCUGCGCACAAGCUCCAUACCCCUGCUAGGCGUAUCUCUAGAAUCUACAUCCACGCCUGUAAGCAUUUCGCUAGAGGGAAGCGUGCUACCAUCGCUAGAAACUCUGUUUCUGGUCUUGUCUUGGUAGCUAGAUCUUGUGGGAAUGAUGUGUCAAGGUUGACGUUUUGGUUAUCAAACAUUAUAACUCUAAGGGAGAUCAUUUCGAAAGCGUUUGGUAAGUCUCGUGUCACAGAGAGCUCUGAAGCUAAUGGGAGUGAGAAUGGUGGUGACUCAGGGAAGAAAACGAACCUGAGAUGGAAGAAUGGUUUGCAAGAGCUUCUUGAGGAUUGGCAAGAAACUGAAACCUUCACUGCUGCACUUGAGAAAGUCGAGCUCUGGGUCUUCUCUAGAAUCGUCGAGUCUGUUUGGUGGCAGGUCUUUACUCCUCAUAUGCAAUCCCCUGAGAACAGCUCAUCAGCUUCUAAAUCGAACGAGAAGCAAGGAACCUUUUCUAUUAGCCUAUGGAAAGACGCUUUUGGAGACGCUCUGCAACGGCUUUGUCCUGUGAGAGGUGCGGGACACGAGUGUGGCUGCUUACCUGUUCUGGCUAGAAUGGUCAUGGAGAAGUGUGUUGGUAGAUUCGAUGUAGCCAUGUUCAAUGCUAUUCUUCGAGAGUCAGAGCAUCAGAUACCAACCGAUCCAGUCUCUGAUCCUAUUCUUGACUCCAAAGUUCUGCCUAUUCCUGCUGGAGACUUGAGCUUUGGUUCAGGAGCACAGCUCAAAAACGCGAUUGGAAACUGGUCUAGAUGCCUCACUGAAAUGUUCGGUAUGAACUCAGAUGAUGAUGAUCAUGUAGAGAGUGAAGGCAGUGAUAGUGGUAGUAAAGCCUUUGUGUUGUUAAAUGAACUUAGUGAUCUUCUUAUGCUCCCUAAAGACAUGCUUAUGGAAAGUUCCAUUAGAGAAGAGAUAUGUCCAUCAAUCACUCUCUCACUAAUCAAGAGAGUACUAUGCAACUUCACUCCUGAUGAGUUCUGUCCAGAUCAUGUACCUGGAGCUGUCCUUGAAGAACUCAAUGCUGUUGAGAGCAAUGAAUCAGAAGAAGAAGAAGCAAGCUUCUUCCCUUAUGCAGCUUCUUCUGUUACUUACAAGCCUCCAUCGACCAUGGAUGUAGCGGAGAAAGUUGCAGAGGCUGCAGGAAAGUUGUCGAGGAAUGUGUCUAUGAUACAGAGGAAAGGGUACACGAGCGACGAGGAGCUUGAGGAGCUGGACUCUCCUCUUACAUCUAUUGUCGAUAAAACGUGCGAGUUUAAUGAUUCUGCGACCUCAAAUGCAAGAUACAAGCUUCUUCGUCAAGUGUGGGCUUAGUUGAGUGAGUCUCAUUUUGGAAACAAGUAAAAAACUGUGAGCAAUGUGUUAGUUACUGUGAGUUGUCUCUAUGGGGGCUAUUUAAAAAGAGUAUGUUCCAGUGAGAAUGUGGAGAGCUUUUGUUACACAUCGUAAGAAGUCGAGUUUUUAAAAUUUGCAUAAAGCGAAAAACGGUGCCGUUUGAUUUA